AUCUGCUCAAUCCUUACACCAGAUUUUAAUGGUAUGAGAGGAUCCAGAGACAAUGCUUACAUUAAAGUGGAGUUUAAUAGUCUCUCUGAACUCUCUAUGUCCAAGUUCUAGGGAGUUCGGAAGCUCCUUACAUCAUCGUUCACAUAUGUUUUACUUUUCCUUAAGAAUCUGCAUAGUUUGGAUUGA